AUGUUGCGACAACGUCUAAUCGAAAAACGCUCACCGUACGGAAAACAUAACCUCAAAAGUGAAAAAGAAUCCGAUAAACCCAUUAUAAGUGAAUGGAAAUUGGGAUUGUGUGGAUUAAUAUCGUCAAUAGUUAUUAUUUUGGCGAAAAUAUACUUUCAAAACCAGGCGUACUUGCAUCAAGUAUUCAUAGAAAAAAGACUGAUAACCUACGAAAUAAUAACAGAAGAUGGACAAUUAAUGUUCAAAAACACUUUUGAAAGUGCUUGGAAGUACAGCAAUAUAUGGCUACCUAUUUUAUGUGGGUUUUUAACCACAUAUUUUACAUGGAGUAUGGUUUAUUUGGACUCUAAUGUACCAGGAAUCCAACCACCCAGCCCUCUAUCGCCCAGUAAAUACAGGGUGCAGUCUGGACAUUCUUUUCAUUUGAACUACGUUUUUGCCAUAGCUGUUGGAUUUUUAGUAACAUCUUACAUGUACUGGAAUGGAGUAUCCUUACAUCAUUAA